AUGAUCCACAGGCUGGUCGAGAUUUUGCCGCAGGCGUAUCCGGAUCAUGCAUCGCAUUGGCACUUUCCAAAGAUUCACAUGAUUGUCCACAUGCUGGACAAUGUGAUCAUGCGCGGAAUGCCGCACCACUAUAGCACGGAGAUGUGGGAGCAUACCUACAAGGGGACGGUCAAGAUCACGGUCAGGGGCAGCAACUGGAAGGACAUCCCCCGACGCAUCGUGGAGGAGGAGGUGCAGAGAGAGAUCUGCAGGGAGGUGGCACAGGACGCGGGUGGCGGGCGUGAGUAUGCGACGGCGCUGCGCGAGGCUGUUGAGACGAUGAAGCCCGUGCUCACGAGGAAGGGACUCACAAUGCGGCCGAUGGAGGAGGGAGAUGCGGUGAUGGGUACCUACCGUACGGCACUUGGCGACCUCAUGGAUGCGCUACGAGGCAGCAUGGUGGCUGCCAAGAUCACCGCAUCUGAGGUCGUGGCCCACACCGCGGUGGCGAUUCCGCGCACCAAAGGCGCUGCACUGGUCCCCAAGGGGGCGUUCAUCAAGGCAAGCCCCAAGGAGAAGUGGUUCACUGACUUUGCAUUGUUCACUGAGUUCGUCGACGAGUUAAACGGGGAGUUGCAUGCGAAGAACGAGAUGGCGGUGGUGCUGGUGCACAACCCUUCGCACACCCUCAACGGGUGUGUGAAACGGACAAGCACAGUGGAGGGGUUUGUCGUGGAGGAGUUAACACGGGUGAAGGUUGUGCAGACAUUUGGCGUCAUGCCGGCUGCUGCGUUUUCUGCGAUGAAUGGUGUUGUGGACACAUUGAAGGCAGUUUUCCGGACGUGGUUUAUGCGAACGGCAGUCACGAGCAAGGAGUGGACCCGUGCGGGCAUUUUUCCACGACCGCCGCUGCACGAUGUGCUGUACAAGCUGUUCAUGGCGUGCAAGUUGACGAUGCCGGGGACAAUCCAGAGGAGCUGGUGGCGGGCCGGUAGCGUGCCGAAGGGCUGGCUGUCCCGGAUGGACAGCUUGAAAGGGAAAGCCGCGGCAGAGAUGUUUGACGGUCUGGUGCUGCAGUUGACGAGUCUACAGCUGGUGAUUGAAGAGUUCAAAGGCAAGUGCAGCAGCACGGCGUUUAUGACGGCGUGGGAUUUCGUGGGGUGUGACGAAGGCCUUAUUGAGAAGUGGGCGCCAGUGAGAGGUUUGGAGGACGAGUCCGAGGAUGAGAUUCCGGCAUAUUUUUUCAUACCGGAGGGGCCGCUAAUGCGAGACAGCCAUAGCUGUCGCCGCGUGAGCCGCAUGGUCCAUGAUGGUUACGUGAAGCAAGCGGAGGCAUUGGGUAUUCCACCGCGCGACGUGCCAGAGGAGGCCGGAGUGGUGAAUGAGGAGGUGGUGAGCCGCCUUCGACGCACACCCACUAAGCGCAACCGGACGGGCUGCUCUAGUGAUGAAGGGAUCACGUCUGACGCGUCGGAUGAGGCAGGCCAAUCCCGGAAGGCGGGGGUGCUGUUCCCAGUGGAGGAUGACAAAGAGAGCGUCGUACGCUUCGUAUAG